AUGGGAGAGACUGAUGUUGAUCCCAAAACCCCCAUAGUAGUUGGGACUUCACAUAUCUUUUCAUCUCCUUCUCAGCAAGUUGAUCCUUGCCAUCCCUAUUUUUUGACAUCUUCGGAUAAUCCAGGUGUUAACCUGAUCAACAUCAAUUUUGAUGGAACCAGCUAUGCAAACUGGCGGAGGGGAGUACUGAUUUCAUUGACAGCCAAAAAUAAAUUGGGAUUUAUCAAUGGAUCUUUCCCAUGUCCAUCUUCUGAUUCUCCUUUGAUUGAUCAGUGGCAGAGGUGCAAUGACAUGGUCAUUUCUUGGCUGCUUAAUUCCCUUAGCAGAGAUAUUGCAGAAAGUGUAAUCUAUUCACAGACAGCUGAAGAACUUUGGAAUGAAUUGGAGGAGAGGUAUGGUCAAGCAGAUGGUACCAAGUUGUUCCAACUGCAAAGAGAACUUAACAAUAUCAGUCAAGGAACAAGUGACAUGGCAGGAUAUUUCACAAAGCUCAAAAGGAUAUGGGACCAAAUGAAGGUACUCAACACUUUUAUGAUAUGCAACUGGAAUUGUAAGUGUGGAGCAAAGACACACAAUGUUAAGAUAAAUGAGGAUCAAAAACUGAUUCAACUCCUUAUGGGACUUAAUGAUGCUUAUUCUGGUGUGAGAGCAAAUAUCUUGAUGAUGAAGCCACUACCCUCUACUGCACAGGCAUAUUCUAUAUUGCUACAUCAGGAAUCACAAAGAGAGGUACACUCUAAUUCUAGUUCUAUAAAUGAUUCUACUGCUUUUAUGACUUCUGGACAAAAGUGGAAUGCACAAAGGACUACAAGUCAACUAAUCUCAGCCAUAAUGCUGGAAUUAAGAAGAAUGAUUUGUACUGCAAAUACUGUAAAAAAACCUGGGCAUGUUAAAGAGGAAUUUUACAAAUUGGUGGGAUAUCCACAGCAUUUUAAGGUAAACAAGCAGAGAAGAGGAACUCUUGGGAAUCAACAAGCUAACAUGGCAAUACCUGGAAGGAAUUUAAGCUCAGGAAUGGCAGGAGAAAGUGUUUCUACUUUGGUUGGAGCACAAGGAUUCACCAAGGAGCAGUGUGACCAAUUGAUCCAAAUGUUUCAAUCUCUGCAAGGAACCCCUACAGCUUCCUCUGAAUCUAUUGGAGCCGCAAAUCUAGCUGGGAUGAAACUCUCCAAUGUGUUACAUGUGCCUGAUUUCAAUCAUAAUCUUUUGUCAGUAAGUCAGUUUGUCAGUGAUAUGAAUUAUGAUUUGUUGUUUACUAAGGCCGGAUGCAUUUUGCAGGCCCCUUUAAUGAGGAAGGAGCCUCUCUUUGGUGAAACCACAGCUGGUCUCUAUGUGCUCAAGGAUGACACUUCUACAUUAGGAAUAUACUCAAUUAAAUCACCUAUUUCAGCUUCAUUUUCUUCUAGUAGUAGGCGUAGACUGCCAGGGUCUUUGUCUUCUGAUUCAGAGUCUGUUUGUGAAAGGACAGAGUGUCAUGUCCUCUUGAGUCCCGUUUAUCCUGCAAAUUUAAAUGAAAACAUCAAUAUGAAUGUUUCUGUUUCAAAUGAUGUCAUGAAUGUGACUGAUUCAAACAAAUUGUGGCAUUUUUGUUUGGGACACUUACCAUAUGAUGCUAUGAAACAUAUUAAAGCAAUACAGGUUACUUCUACAAAUAACAACAAAUUCCCUUGUGAAGUGUGUCCUAUGGCAAGACAGUCUAAACCACCAUUUACCAAAAGCACAAUUAGAUCCAAGAAUUAUUUUGACUUGAUACAUAUAGACACAUGGGGACCAUACAACACACCAACAUAUAAAGGAGAGAAGUACUUUCUAACUGUGGUUGAUGAUUUCUCUAGAAGUACAUAA